UAUGGUAUGUGUUGUGUCAUGUAAAUCAAGAUGGCGCUGUGUCAUUACCCUUGUCCGGAAGAAAUAGAUGUAUUUACUGGGCCUCACAUGCGAAUGAAACAGCUCGUUUAUGAAGCAUUAGAAAAGCUAUCAACCACAAACUUCAAAGAUGAUGUGUCCCUUAUGAGACUUUUGGGGUGUAUCAACUCUACUUUCCAAGAACUCAAACAUCAUGAAGAAAUUGAAAACACUUGUAUUAUGACAGUUCUUCAGCAUCGCUUGAUUAAUGAACAAAUUCAGGCUAUUGUGCGUGACAUUCACAAAGACAAUCAUGUUCUGGAAAUUUUGUCCCUGACAAAGAAAGGACUUAAGUGUGCUUCAAAAAGCAGGACUAAUUUGAACAGGAAUGCUUUUGAGGACAGGUUGAAAGGAGCUUUGGAAUCAUUUCAAAAAGAUUUCCUUCCACACAUGAGGCAUGAAGAAGAGGUAUUCCAACCGUUACUUAUGGAAUAUUUCACUUUUGAAGAGUUGAAAGAGAUCAAAGCCAGAGUUCUUCAUCUACAUUCUGUUUUCAGUGAGCAUGCCAAAGCCCAAAAUACAGAGUUUUCUUUUUGCUCUUCACAAAAAGACAAUAAACAAAUUGACAGUUUUGAUCAAGAAAGUGAUAACACUGACUUUGAAAAAUCUGCCUCACAAAGGACUAACGUGAGAGAACAUUACUUAAAAGAAAGGACUUACUCAAAGACUAACACAUCCACUGUUAAGGAUGUUGAGAAUUUAAAAAGGACUUUGACUACAGAUGAUGAUGUUGUGGUUGCACAAGACCAACCUUUGCUUCUGCAUUUUCCUGCUGAAGUCACAUUGAAGAUUUUCUCAUACCUGGGACCUAAAGACUUGUGCCACUGUGCCCAGGUUUGUCGGCUUUGGUCACAAUCUGCUAGAGAUGGUGAGUUGUGGAGAGAGCUGUACCCUGUGCGUUGGAUCUUCAAAAAGGAUUGGCGGUUUGGGGCAGACAGUGAAGAUAUGUGCAGUUGUAACUGUGAUUCUGAGGUUCAAACUUUGGAGUCUACAACCUUUAGCAGAACAUUGCGUUAUAGAUGCAUGCUCGCAUAUCUCAUUUCUUGUAAUUUCAGGCUGUUCAGAAAGGGUGGUGGCUUGCAGUUACAACUUCUUGAAGUAUCUGGUUGCAAGAACAUCACAGAUAAAACCCUGUUCAAGUUGUCGUCCUCUCUGGGAAAACUUCCUGUUGGAUCAGGAAUCUCUGAUAUUGAAGACAGCAGUUGUGACUGCCAUACACAGUGUUCAUGUGGUAAACUGAUAAGCAUCACUCCAGAGACUGCUAAACGAGGGCUUGUUUAUCUGGGACUGUCUGGAUGUUACCAGGUUACUGAUGCAGGACUAAGGGCUUUGGCAAGGUAUGGAGGACUUCCAAAGCUGAGGCAUCUGGAUUUAUCAGGCUGUCUGCAAGUGACAGCUGAAGGACUUUUGGACUUGGUUUUUGUUUGUCCUAAUUUGGAUCACACACAGUUUUUCUACUGUGAUAAUAUUGAUGAGGGUCCAUACCCUGACACAGCCAGUGGAUGUCAAAAUUUGCAGUGCAAAAACCGUGUCUGUUGUCGUACUGGUGAAUGAAGGCUGUAGUAACCCAGCACCCUGUAGUAAAACAGCACCUCUACACUGACAUAAAUGUAUAUCUCAUUAAAGUAAGAGCAGAUAAGUUUGUUAAACUGUUGCUAUAUUGUCAGUGAUGCAACAUUUUUCAUGAGUUGAUUUUAGUUACUUGUAUUUCUUAUGUUGCUUUAAAAUACAUGUACAUGACUGCAUACUUGUAAGUACAAGUCAAGUGUAGGUUUUAGCAGCUGUUGUUUCAUGUCAAGCCUGUAGAGCCAGCUGCUUUCAUUGAAUUGCUCUUUUCAGAAUUGAAAUUUUGUCAUGGUUACUUUGAUGUUUGUUGAUUAUAUUUUCAAGUAUGUUCAGGCUAUAAUAGUACAUUGUGUAGCUUUGUGUUCAUUAUUAGUGAAAAUACUGUUAUGCAUUGUUCAGAAAUCACCUUUUCAUCAGAGGUCCAAGAGCUUACUUUGUCGUUUAAGAAAACAUAGUUUUCUUUAGCUCUCAUUUAAACCCACAGAUAGACAUUUGGCAUUCUGAAUCUGUUCAAUUUAAAUUUCCAAAACUAAUUUUAAAAUAUUAUUAAAACAAAUUAGCAGGUCUGGAAAAUUAGUAAGGAGAUUUUUUGGUUAACAGCUAGUCAAUGUUGCUAGCCACAGAAUGGAAAAUGUCUGUUGUAAGGGUUCAGAAGUGAUGCAACAAAAGACAUAUUUCUGUUUCCAUAACAAAACAUCUGAAAAUCCCUGUGAGACAUGUGGGUUUUCCAUGCUUAGAAAAGAUUAAGAGAAAAUAACACAUUUGUUUAACAAUUUCAACUAUCCAAACUCCUGUUGUGUAUUUUUUUGUAUGGAGGUUGAAUUAAAAGCUUAAAGCACAUUAUAAUAUGAUGAAAAAUAAACAAGUUAAUUCAUAAUACUAAAAAUGCCAUUUGUGACAGCAUAAUGAUGUACAUUAGAAGCUCAAAGCACAAGAUAAGUGGUUUUACUAAUAUAAAUAUUGUAACUUGCCUGACAUAUUUGUAAGAAGUAGAGUAAAGUAAAUAAUGAAUUCAAAAAAGGAACUGUUUUACUUGAUGGCUUUGUAAAGAGUGUUUACUUUCUUUCCUUUCGUGGUUACUGUAUUUACUUGAUUAAACACUGCCCUCAAAUAAACGCUGCAUUUAAGAGCAGCAAUAUUACUUAA